AUGGAUGUUCCCGGCUUCGCAUUGAUCACCGGAGGCGCCUCUGGCAUUGGACGAGCAUGUGCCAAGGCCUUUGCAAGGGAGGGCUCAGCAGGACUCUGCCUCAUCGAUCUCAACCAGGAAGCCUUGGAGGCUGUCAAGGCCGAGAUUGAAGAAGAACUCAAGUCAAAGGGCAAGACGUGUCCUGUUGAGAUUUACCCCUCCGACGUUACAAAUGAGGAUCGAAUCAACCAAGUUGUCGAGGAGGUCGCAAAGAAGUUUGGCAGGAUUGAUUAUGUCGUCAACGCCGCGGGCAUCGCCAUGAAACAUCAGGGCGGAGUUGCUUUUGCCCAUACGGCCGACUGGAAUCGGGUCGUCAGUAUCAACCUUACUGGCACAUUCUUUGUGCUAAGAGCUGCUGCAAAGAUCAUGUUGAAGCAAGAGCCCAUCCGGUCAUCGAUCAAUGGCCGAGCCCUUCAGCGGGGAGCCAUCAUCAACUUUUCGUCGAUCCAAGGCGUUGUUGGCAUCCCUCUUUCAACAUCUUACACUGCUGCCAAACAUGCUAUCAUUGGCCUCACUCGGUCAGCGUCUGAGGAUUACGCCAAGGAAGGCCUACGAAUCAAUGCCAUCUGCCCAGGAUAUACGGAGACACCGAUGACAACAAAGAACCCAGAGGUGUUGAAGGCGAUGGAAGAACGGAUAUCGACUGCAGUCCCAAUGCAGCGCAUGGGGGCUCCCGAAGAGAUCGCUGAUGGUGUUCUCUAUUUGGCUGGAGGAAGAAGCUCCUUUGUUACCGGAUCAGCGUUGGUGGUUGAUGGCGGUUAUACCCAAAGGUAA